AUGGGCGACGACUUCUUACGACUUGUCUCACAAGCCAACCCAGCUGCACGACAAUACCAGCCUGCGAACGGCUACCCUCCUGGAACGGCUGGUCCGUAUUCCGAUCGCUCGCCUCAACUCCUGGACCCUUUCUUUGACGAUGAAGAUGACAAUAUACCGGAUUCUGCUUUUGGCAGGCCGGCUCCAAUGCAGUCUCAAGAAAGUGGUUUACCAUUAGCACGUUCAGCAGCGCCACCAGCAGGUGUUAAUCCGUCAGGUUCUUCAUCCGGGUUGCCGCAGGGGUGGAAUUUCGACGACGAUGACUUUCAACCUGGAAAUAAUACUAGCUUUCCAGGACCACCUAAUACUACUCCAGCAAAAGCCCCUUCUAAGUCAAAAUUUCGGUCACGGAAAUGGAAAUGGCCUUGGGAGAAAGAGAAGGUUUUGACUGGGGAGCGUGUCGUUGCAUUGAAUAACUCCGUUGCAAACGCUGAAUUUGGAUCGAACUUUGUAUCAACAAGCAAAUAUAAUGUUGCAACCUUUAUCCCAAAGUUUCUGUUUGAACAAUUUUCGAAAUAUGCUAACUUAUUCUUUCUCUUCACCGCUUUUAUCCAACAAAUUCCGGGCGUAUCACCUACACAGCCCUAUACAACAAUAGUUCCACUGGCCGUUGUCCUGAUAGCCUCAGCAUUUAAAGAAUUGCAGGAGGACCUAAAACGUCACCAAUCCGACAACGAUCUUAACUCCCGAAAAGCCAAGGUUUUGACACCUCAGUCCACCUUUAUUGAAAAGAAGUGGAAAGACAUCCAAGUAGGAGACAUUAUUCGCGUGGAAAACAACGAUUUCAUUCCAGCCGACUUGUUGUUAAUGACUUCAAGUGAACCUGAGGGUUUAUGUUAUAUUGAGACUUCAAAUCUUGAUGGUGAAACCAACCUCAAAAUUAAGCAAGCCUCUCCCCAGACUGCGCCUCUUACCAAUCCCAAACUUAUCAAUAGUCUUCAUGGCUCCCUGAGGUCUGAACAACCUAACAACUCACUGUACACAUAUGAAGGGACUUUGGACCUUGUAUCGGAUGGUGGUGUUCCAAAACAGGUACCCCUAGGGCCAGAUCAGGUUUUGUUGCGGGGUGCACAACUACGGAAUACGCCAUGGGUGUAUGGCCUUACCGUUUUCACAGGCCAUGAGACGAAGUUAAUGCGGAAUGCAACUGCGGCACCGGUCAAGAGAACUGCUGUUGAGAGGCAGGUGAACGCUCAAAUUGUCUUUCUCUUCAUACUUUUGCUGGCCCUUUCGCUUGGUUCGACUGUCGGCAGUAGCAUCAGAACAUGGUUUUUCUCAAGUUCGCAAUGGUACCUAUUCGAGACUUCUUCUCUUUCGGGUCGAGAUAUUUUGACAUUCAUCAUUCUAUACAACAAUCUCAUCCCCAUAUCUUUAAUUGUCACCAUGGAAGUUGUAAAAUAUCAACAAGCUCAGCUUAUCAAUUCUGACUUAGACAUGUAUUACUCCCGAACGGACACCCCAGCUCUUUGUCGCACGUCUUCAUUAGUUGAGGAACUAGGACAAAUUGAAUACGUCUUCAGCGACAAAACCGGAACUUUGACGUGCAACGAGAUGGAAUUCCGCUGCUGCAGUAUAGCUGGCAAUGCAUAUGCUGACGUUGUGGACGAAACUAAGCGGGAAGCAGAGGAUGGUAGAGGAGGGUGGAGGACAUUUGCUGAAAUGAGGGAAAGCUUGAACGACGUCGACAAUCCGUUCGUCGAUCAACCACUAUCUCCCAGCAACCCCCAGCAGCAAGAGCAACAGAUUAUCCGAGAGUUUCUUACAUUGUUAGCUGUUUGUCACACUGUCAUUCCAGAAGUCGUAGAUGGGAAGAUGGUUUAUCAAGCAUCCAGUCCCGAUGAGGCUGCGCUGGUGGCUGGAGCCGAGCAAUUAGGGUAUCAGUUCCAUACCCGCAAGCCUAAAUCAGUCUUCGUAAACAUUCAAGGUCAAUCACAAGAAUUUGAAGUAUUAAAGGUUUGCGAGUUCAACUCAACACGCAAGCGGAUGUCAACGGUCGUGAGGUGUCCAAACGGAAAGAUCAAACUUUACACGAAGGGCGCCGACACAGUUAUUCUGGAGCGUCUGAGCCGAAAUCAACCUUACACUGAAGCCACUUUAUCUCAUCUCGAGGAUUAUGCUACCGAAGGUCUUCGAACUUUGUGCAUUGCCUAUCGCGAUAUCUCGGAAGCAGAGUACCACCAAUGGGAAUCUAUUUAUAACCAAGCCGCGGCGACAAUUAAUGGGCGUGGAGAUGCUUUGGAUGAAGCGGCUGAACUGAUCGAAAAAGACUUGUUUCUCUUGGGUGCUACUGCAAUUGAAGACAAACUGCAAGAUGGUGUACCAGAUACUAUCCACACCUUACAGAUGGCUGGUAUUAAAGUGUGGGUCCUAACUGGCGAUAGACAAGAAACCGCUAUCAACAUUGGAAUGUCAUGCAGAUUGAUAUCGGAAUCCAUGAAUUUGGUUAUAAUCAAUGAAGAAAACGCCCACGAUACCGAAGAUUUUAUAACGAAGCGUUUAUCUGCCAUCAAAAAUCAAAGAAGCAGCGGUGAACUUGAAGACCUUGCCCUCAUCAUUGAUGGAAAAAGUUUGGGCUACGCACUGGAAAAGAAUUUGUCGAAAACUUUCCUAGAGCUCGCCAUCAUGUGCAAGGCUGUAAUUUGCUGUCGUGUAUCUCCAUUGCAAAAAGCUUUGGUUGUCAAAUUGGUGAAGAAAAACCAGAAAGCCAUUCUUCUUGCUAUUGGAGAUGGAGCCAACGAUGUUAGCAUGAUUCAAGCUGCUCAUGUUGGUGUCGGUAUUUCUGGAGUCGAAGGUUUACAAGCUGCCCGUUCAGCUGAUAUAGCUAUUUCCCAAUUCCGAUAUCUGAAAAAGCUUUUGCUUUAUUCUUUCUUCAAUAAUUUCUCAGGACAAAUUGCCUACGAAUCGUGGACACUUACAUUCUAUAAUGUUGUGUUUACUGUUCUUCCGCCUCUUGUCAUUGGGAUAUUCGAUCAGUUUGUUUCGGCGCGAUUUUUGGACCGAUACCCUCAACUUUACACCCUUGGUCAGAAGAACGAGUUUUUCACUAAAACUGCGUUCUGGCUUUGGGUUGGCAAUGCGCUUUAUCAUUCUCUAAUACUUUUUGGAUUUUCCGUCAUUCUCUUCUGGGGCGACCUUAAAUUAGUCAAUGGUUUGGAUACCGGACACUGGUUCUGGGGAACAACUCUUUACUUGGCUGUGCUACUCACAGUGCUGGGAAAGGCUGCUCUCAUAUCCGAUAUAUGGACAAAAUAUACCGUAGCAGCAAUCCCCGGAUCAUUCGUCGUCACGAUGCUCUUUUUACCUCUAUAUGCUGUUGUUGCUCCUGCCAUCGGUUUCUCCACGGAAUACCAAGGCAUUGUACCGCGUCUUUGGGGAAACAUCGAAGAUGGUGUUGACUUUCUCGCCAGUUACCGUCGAACCUAUAUGCCGUCGUCUUAUCACAUCGUCCAGGAGCUUCAGAAAUAUAACAUUCCCGAUUAUAGACCAAGACAAGAGCAGUCCGCUCAAAAUGCUAUGUCUAGAUUCCAAAAGGCCAUCAAGAAAGUUCGCGCCACUCAACGGAUGCGACGAAACCGAGGCUUCGCCUUUAGUCAAACGGAGAAUUCGGGUAAGCAGGAUCAAGCAAAGCUCAUUCGCGCGUACGACACAUCAAAGACCAGUGCACGACCUUCUGGAUAUUAG